AUGGAAACCCCAAAGACUUCCCCGGAGACCAUCUAUCGAGAAAGCCCCAGUGAUGGCGAUUUCCUUUCAUCGCCCCCAAAGAGCCGCUUUUCAAAGAUUCGCCAGGACCCAUGGUUCCAGAUUGGUCUGGUUUCGUUUAUAUCCUUCUGCAAUCCCGGCAUGUAUAAUGCCCUGACCGGGAUGGGAGGUUCGGGUCAGGUCGACAGCACAGUCUCGGCGAACGCCAACGUCGCCACGCACGCAUGCACAGCUGCAACGGCACUUUUCAUCGUCGGCACCUUCUACAAAUAUCUAGGUCCGCGUCUCUCCCUACUCAUUGGAGGCUGGACCUACGCUAUGUACGCAGGUGCGCUGUUGAACUCAGACCGGGUGACGGGCGGCGGUCCUUUCGUGAUUGCAGCCGGAGCGCUGCUUGGUCUAGGGGCAGCUUUCUUUUGGGUCGCUCAGGGGACCAUCAUGGUGACUUAUACAAACGAUCAAACGCGCGGACGAGCCAUUGGAGUCUUCUGGGUGAUUUUCAACUUGGGCGGGACUAUUGGUUCGCUGGCUAGUUUCGGCAUCAACUACCACUCUAGUUCUGGCACGGUGACAGAUUCGACAUAUAUCGCAUAUAUAGUGAUCAUGCUUUUCGGUUGGCUACUUUCCGUACUUGUGUGCUCCACCGAGUCUUUGUCGGACAAGUACCACGGUGAUCGCAUCGCACAAGAGUUCAAGUCCUUCAAUUGGACUAAUUUGAGGAACACGCUUAUCCAGACGCUGCACAUUAUCUUCGAUUGGAAGAAUCUUUGCCUAUACCCAAUGUUUUACAAUGCUAAUGUCUUCUACUCGUAUCAACAAAACGAUGUGAAUGGCUUGACUUUUAACCUCCGCACUCGCUCCCUCAACAGCGCCCUGUACUGGAUUGCCCAAAUGCUCGGUGGGCUUUUGAUGGGAUCUCUACUUGACCUUCACCCAUUGAAUCGCCGUGCACGAGCAAAGCUUGGAUGGGCAAUUCUAUUCAUCACCGGGAUGGUAAUUUGGGGCGGUGGAUAUCAGUUCCAGAUCUGGAACGACCAACGUCUAAAGCAGGGUUUGAAGCAGAAGAUUGACUACAAGGAUGGGAGUGACUUCUUGGGUGGAAUGUUUCUAUACUUUUUCUACGGGGCGUACGAUUCCUUCUGGCAGACAUUCUGUUACUGGGUUAUGGGGACUCGAUCAAACAAUCCUGUUGUCACUGCCGUCAUUGUCGGAGCAUACUCGGCUUUGAAGCCGGCUGGUGGUGCAAUGGCUUGGAGAAUCAACGCUGAAAAAAUCAGUCCAUUGACACAGUUUGCUAUGAACUGGGGUCUAUGUAUUGGGAGCCUUCUGGUGGCCAUUCCCACUAUAUUGACCAUUGAGAGGACCAAUCAUGCCUCGGACGAGGUGGUCGAUGAGGAGGUGGAAAAGGUCACACCUAAUGAGUUGUAG